AUGGCGGGUAGUAGUACAGUUGUUUGUCCAUAUCUACCCAAGGAGAUAGUAGAGAAAAUCUUAUUGAUGUUGCCUCAUGAAUCUAUCAUAACAUUCAAGCGUGUGUGCAAAUUAUGGUACAAUAUCACAAAGAACGAGUCAUUUAUAAGUGAUCACAUUAAUCGUCAUUCCAAAUCCAAUGCUACUACAUCCUUACUUUUAUUUCACCACUUAAAUGACUCACUUUACACUAUUUCUUAUGAUCACGAUCAAGAUCAUGAUAAUCGUAAUGACUACCUUAUUCCUUGUGUUGUUGAACAAUCUCUCCCCACGAGUGAUCUACUCCAUUCAAUUGAAAGAUUAUACUUUCUAAGAAACCAGGCAAGGGGCCUUCAUUGUAAUGGCAUCAUUGCCUUUCCCAAGAAUGAUGAUUCAAAAAUCAUCUUCUUCAAUCCGACAUUAAAACAAUUCAAGAUUUUACACACACAAUUUCGGCCGGAGUUUGUGUCUAUAGGACAUGGAUUUGGCUACGAUCGAAGAACAGAUCUUUACAAGUAUGUCGAUAUCUGUCAAUCCAAUUAUAAUGGUGCUACAAUAUUCAAAGCUCGGGUUUGUACUCUAUGGAUUAGUAAUAGCGGUGGUGUUAGUAGUAGAUGGAGAGAGAUUGAUAUGGUGAACCCAAGUCAAAAUAAGUUUGACAAUAUUGGUGUGUAUUUGAAAUCUGUUUGCUAUUGGCUCAAUUUACAUGAGCAAUGUCUUGUUUCAUUUGAUAUGUGUGAUGAGAAAUUUGGUAUGAUACCAUUGCCAUGUGACACUAAAUUUUCAACUACUUGCCAAGCUAAAUUGACCAUAUGGAAAGGUGAAUCGCUUGUGUUACUUUUUAUGAGAAAACCAUUUGGAUCCAAAUUCCUUUUGAAUUGUGAAAUGUGGAUGAUGGUAGAAGAAAAUGACAAUACUUAUUGGAGGAGGCAUCUAACAAUUGGUCCAAUAAAAGAGUAUGAAUUUUUGAGAUGUUUGCAUUUUUGGAACCAUGAAGAGCUAUUGAUGGAAGGUCGUGAUGUGGCAUCUCGUUAUGAAUUUCUUAUGUCCUAUAAUAUUCGAACCAAAAAGAUAAGAAGAUUGAAUUUUUCUCUUAUAGGAUUGCAUUUUUCAACUUUAUAUUCAAAAAGUCUAGUUUCAUUAUCAAACAAUUAG